AUGACGGGCCAAGAAAAGAAGAGGAAAAACACAAUAUCUCUUCCUACAGACUUGCUUGUGGAGAUACUCUCUAGGGUUCCAGAGGCUUCUCUUGCACGACUCCGAUCUACCUCAAAAGAAUGGAACGCUCUUAUCAAAAAAGAAGUGAGACGUGCGAAGAAGUCUCUUGUUGUCAUGUUAAUUGAUUAUAGGGUCUAUUUAGUUAGGCUUGAUCUCCACGACAACUUUGCAAAGGUAAGAAGUCAGUUCAGCCUUAAUGAUCCUCUUUCUAGUUCUUCAGAAGAAGUCGAUGUACGCCGCGUCUGCCACUGCGAUGGUUUAUUGCUAUGCACCACCAUGGACGAAAGACUAGUUGUUUGGAACCCAUGUUCAGGGGAAACCAGUAGGAUUGUCAAACCCUUAAAUUCCCACCAUUAUACCGAUACCUACGCUCUUGGUAAAUCCUCAUGCAACAACGAGUACAAAAUCUCGAGGGUCCAUCAUCCUGGACAUGGUUUCGGGCGGCCAUGCCUUGUUAAGUACGAAAUCUAUGACUUUACAUCUAAUUUGUGGAGGCUUGUUGGUGAGACUAGAGAGUGGUCACUUCCAGGGGCUUGGCAAUAUGGCACGUCUGUUGAUGGAAAUACUUAUUGGCUUUCUUAUGAUUUUAAUCAAGCCUGUCCAACCAACGUAAAUACCUUAGGAUGUUUUGAUUUUACAAUAGAGAGGUUUGGAUGUGUGUCUCUUCCGGGACAAGAUAUAGAUAUAUGGAUGGCAACUAAAAUUAAAAUUACUGGAGACAUGUCGUGGAGUAAGCUCCUAACAGUGAAACGAACCCAUCCGCUUUGUAAUGGGAUGAGUUUCUUGGCCGACCGUGAGAAUAAAGUUUUAGUGUGUCCCACUAAAUAUAAGAACUCUAGUAACUGCUUACACAUUGUGGGAACGGAUAAAUACAUACAAGUAGACCAUCAUGACGUCGGAUCUGAAUCCUCACUUCCUUACAGGUAUGAUGAUCCUACUUUGGUUCAAAUCCAACGAGGUUCUUUGGGGCUAGGCACAUGGAAAGCACCAAUGACGUAA